UCUGUCACCGACCGCGCAAGCGUGCGGUUCUCCUUGGAGUGAAGUGCGACCGCAGGAAUCGUCUGACGCUCGUAUUGUGCUCGUCGACGAUCCGCGAGUAUCGUGUCGCGUGGAUUCCCGCGGGUCGGUGUUGAUUACAACAAUACGAUCAGCAAUUGGGUGCGACUGUGAAAGAAAAAUAACUGUGAUCUUAGAUGUUGAAUCGCUCGACGAUAAUCGACUGUCGAACGCGUGUCAAGUGAUAGAUCGGUAUAGAAAAACGGUAUCCUCGUGGAUCGCGUGAAUCGGUCGCGUGUACCGAGCGCUCGCGGUCACCUGAAAUUUUCCCGGAAUGCAUUUUCGUAUUCGCGUCCGCUGACACGGUCUGCACGACAGGACGUCGAUCGACCGGCCGGCUCUCUCCUUCGGCGAAGUGACGUGACGCGAGAGGAAGCUUCCGGUUUCCGCGCUCGCGAGAGAGAAAAAGAGUUUCCCCCGACGUCGCCGGACAACGUCGAUGGGAAGAAAGAUCUUGUCGGUGGUCGCUUAUCGAUCGAUCGAAACGUACGACUCCUACGGUGGAACGAAUCGCCGACCCUCGUCAGCUGCGCGGAUGGUACUUGGAAAUUUUAGGAGAAACUCGAUCGGUCCCACGCUGCGCUCUGUAUUCAAUUGGUCACGGGCUGGGUCUCGCACGGGUCACGAGACAGGGUUAUUAUUAAUCUACAUCGUGCGACGCUCUUCUCUACUCAUUACCUCGCAUAAAGAAAGGAUCGUCGGAGCGCAUUAGAUGUGCAAUUCUGCCAGAGUACACUUUGAUUCCACGGAAGCGUACAUUCUGAUUCUUCAAAGUACACACACACACACAUGAAGCGCUCGAGACGGACCGAGCGACACCGAGCGUCCAAAUUGCGAGAAAGUGAGAGUCUGUGAAAUUUCGUGCAUCGUGCAGUGCAGUGAACGAAUGCGAGUGCGAAUCGAAACAGCGACGGCCGUCGCAGAGGCAAAAUCGCCGACGAUGCAUCUCGGAGUCUCCGACCUCGACGGAUGAUGACAGUCAGGCCGUGCGACUUGAAGAACAACAAGCAUAUUUUUUUUCCCGACCUUUUGCGCGGCACCGGGUGUUUGUUGGACAGUUCGGCACCACGGGGCCCACCUGAUGUGCCACCCCGUAACCCCGCAAUGAGCCGACUCAACGGAAGACUGCCAGGAAGUCACGCUGCGAGCGAUCACGAACGCGAUCCCGAUCUCGAGCCAUCCUGUCUCGUACGCACCCCAUCCGGUAACUUCUACAAUAUACCAAAGAUACCGAAGAAUGAAUACAACAACAAGAAUCAGUCUACAGGGAACAGUCCAAUAAAAGUGGAGCUGCAGAACAACAUGGACAGAGUACCUUUACCUUACGGGCACGCCCCGUCGAUGAUCCCGAUGAGGAGACAAAGCAUCCGCUGUCACUUCCGCAAGGGAAUCGAUUGGUGCAGCUGGAAACUAAUUGCCAUAGUAGUAAUUAUGCUCGCGCUCUGCUUGACCGCGGCAUUAACUUACGUCGCAGCGUCGAAUUUAGUGAACUGGUCGUAUCAAGGCACGAAGGCGUGCACGGUGCUGGUGGGCGAGAACACGGACGCGAAGCCGUCGAGCGAGGCGAACAAGACGUCCACGUCGUCCACGUCGACGUCGCAGUCGAUCCGCCCGCGGCAGCCUACAUCAGGUAGUAUUAUCACGUCGGGUAGCAUGCUGCUAAAUGGUUUUGUGUACAGCCGCAAGCGUAGGGACACGUUUAACGAGCAUGCGUUGCACCAAACUGUCGCACCACCAUCCUUUCAUGACCCUGAAGAAGCGUCCUUAACCGGGCAGCGGUCCGUCCCGUUGCAUGAAGAGUUUUCCGGUAAGGUUGUGCAUGAUCCGAAGCAUGCGGACAGUCCGGUGAAAGGAGCUGCCGAACGCUCAAUCGAGAUUGCCGAAGUCGCGAGGGACGCGCCGCCGGAGUCGCCGAAAUCGACGACUUCCGGAUUGGCGGUGCCGCUUGUCGCGAAUGUCUCCUCCACUACUACUAAUUAUUCGCACGAUCGUUCGACUCAUACCACUGUCGCUGUCGACCAUCUCACCUCUUCAUCUUCUGUCUCUGUCUUCGACUCUGACCGCGUUUCUUCUUCCGCGUCGACUACCGUCCGCGAAUCGCCCAGCGACGGGGCGAGGCUCGGCACGAUCUCGCGGCUUCUCGCGGGAUCACCGGGAGACACUUCGACGAAGUUGCCCGGCGUCGACGAGGAUGCUGCUGACGCCGCCGUCGCCUCGGGAGCCCCGAUCGCCAAACUCGCGCGCAUCGACGUCGCGGAUUUCGAGCACGAUACCGGUAACGCGCUCACGUCCGAAAGUUCGGACAUUGCCGAAGGCAGCGAUGAUACUGCCGAGACUACGACGUCUGCAUCCGGCGUGGAGUCCAAGAAACUUGGCGUAGAUAGCAACGACUACGACGAAGUAGUCGGCGGAACUACGGAGAAUGACAGUGGCGUUUCGCCCGCCAAUUACAGCGGUAACCUGGACGUUGCCGAUGGCACUGUAGAACCGACGACUACAACAUCUUUGGAGAUACGCUGGAAUGAACCGACGGAGGAGCAACAAUCGCACGUAAGUAAUUCCGAUUCGAGCGACGUGUUAGUUCCCGUAGAACUGGAUCAAGAAGAAAACGCUAGUACGAUUUCGCCCAAUAGAAACGUAGAUAACGAAACUACGUCGUUGAAUAAAACUGAGAAGAUCGGAAGAUCGGAAGAUGUAGUCAAGAUUGAAGUUGUCGAAGACCGUGGCGGAGAUGCGUCUGGAGAGAACAGUGGCUCGGAAAAUGACGGUAUCUCGCGAACGGUAAAUAUAGCCGAAAAAUCCGCGGACUCGCAGACGUCGGACGUCGUGAAGGAAACGCAAGAGCUCUCCCGGGAAUAUUCAUCGUCCGAAUCCGAAGCCUCGUUCAGUGUCGUUAGAGCGGCCGAGCGAUCCGAGGAGCUCCAACGAGACUAUCCCGUGCCGAUCUACAGCUACGGGCAAGACGAGGUGGAGAUCGUCGAUUUCCAGCACAAGAUCGCGGAAACGAGACACGCUGCGAAUUCACCCGACGCUAAGAUUCUCGACAACGACGUAAAGACGAACGUUGCUUUCCGAAAAACACGGGACAAGAACGAUCUACGAGUUGUCGUGAGGGAGCGAAGCGACGAAGAGUUCCUUCGGAAAUUCGAGGAGAAGUUCCGUGAAACCGACGGGGUCGACGAGUCCAUUGAAAAUUUCCCGUCGAUUAAAACCGACCGUAAUUCAUCUGCGACCGACGCUCUGCAUGACAACACGAUGCAUGAUUCAUCGGGCGACGCGUCAUCCAAUUCCGCAUCUAACGCAGAUCAUCCGUCUAACUCGCCGAUAAUUCAACGGGUGCAGAUCGUGGAGGUGCCGGUGUACCGCGACGCUCAUUCGGACAGUCAGUCGUUUUCAUCAUCCUCAUCGCCGCAUCGAGUGCUUAUAAACGUGACGAUCGCUACCGAGGACUCCGCCUCCCCGAGGCCGCUGUACGUCCUGUCGGUGUCCGUGCCGACGGAGAGCGACGCGGCCGGCCGUACGUCCGGGAUUAACAUCAAUCAAGCGCAGGUGCACGAGCGGCCUCCGGAGUCAUACGCAGCCAGCAUGAAAAAAAUCCCUGCUAAUGACGCGGCCGAGUCGAUACACGCAGUUGAUACGCGAUUACCGCCACCGCCGCAGCCACCUGCCUCGCCGCCGGCACCGCCGGUCUGGGCGGGUGGCGAGUGCGAGUGCUCUUGCCCCUGCAUGGGCUCGUCUUCUGAUGAGUGGGACAACUUUUCAGCGAUCGAUGACAAUCCUGAGCAGGAGCUCGACGACGUUAACUCCACUUUUCUGUUAGCCGAGCAAUCCUCGGACACGAAGCAACGAAACGAGGAAUCCUCCACGAAAGAUUCGGUAAGAUCCGACGCGAGUUCCACCACCGAAGACUACUAUUCUUCGUCGCCGGACGACGUCACGGAGACUAGCGAGUCAGACAACGAGACGAUUUCUUCGUCGACUUACGAACCGGAAGUAAGCACCAAUAUGUGGGCCUGCUCGGGGACGACUCCGCUCCCGCCAGAGCCCACUAUACUAAUCCUCGAAGGUUCGCGAACCUUCCCGGCAAGGUCUUUUCCGCCCGACGGGACGACCUUCGCCCAGGUCGGUUUAGGACAGAAGCUCAGCAAGGAGAUACCGCCGUACGGCUACUGGAACAUGCAGUUCUACCAAUCGGAGGCCGCCUACGUGCGCUUCGACUACAGCAUUCCGCGCGGUGCCAGCAUCGGCGUGUACGCGAGAAGGAACGCGCUGCCCACGCACACGCAGUACGAUCUUCUGGAGGUGCUCAGCGGUUUCAAAGCACGAACCACCAGGGCGUCCCAUGUUAGUGUUAUUCCUUCGAUUAAGAAAGAGGUAACUCAGUACAUGGAGCCCGGGCAUUGGUUUCUCUCGCUUUAUAACGACGACGGAGAUCCUCAUGAAGUCUCGUUUAUCGCUGUAAUCGCCGAAGAUAUGACGCAUAACUGUCCGAACGGCUGCAGCGGCAAGGGUGAGUGUCUCUUAGGCCAUUGCCAAUGCAACCCCGGCUUCGGCGGCGAAGACUGCAGCGAGAGCGUCUGCCCGGUUCUUUGCAGUCAAAGAGGCGAGUACAUAAACGGCGAGUGCCAGUGCAAUCCCGGCUGGAAGGGCAAGGAGUGCUCGUUGCGGCACGACGAGUGCGAGGUGCCCGACUGCAACGGACACGGCCACUGCACGAACGGCAAGUGCAACUGUGUACGCGGCUACAAGGGGAAGUAUUGCGAGGAGGUCGACUGUCCGCAUCCGACUUGCUCGGGCCACGGUUUCUGCGCCGAGGGCACGUGCAUCUGUAAAAAGGGUUGGAAAGGAGCCGACUGCAGUCAAAUGGACAAGGAGGCACUGCAGUGCCUGCCGGACUGCAGCGGCCACGGAAAUUUCGAUCUCGAGACCCAGACCUGCCUCUGCGAGCCCAUGUGGUCCGGAGAUGAUUGCUCGAAAGAACUGUGCGAUCUCGAUUGCGGUCCUCACGGGCACUGCGUGGACAACGCCUGCGAUUGCUCGCCAGGUUGGUCCGGCGAAUUAUGCAAUCUGAAACAAUGCGAUCCCCGAUGCAACGAGCACGGACAAUGCAAGAAUGGCACGUGCCUAUGCGUAACCGGAUGGAACGGAAAACACUGCACGAUGGAGGGCUGUCCAAAUUCCUGUUCCAGCCACGGACAGUGCAGGGUGUCGAACGACGGGCAGUGGGAGUGUCAGUGCUACGACGGCUGGGACGGCAAGGAUUGCAGCGUGCUUCUUGAACAGAACUGCAACGAUGGGCGAGACAACGAUAAAGAUGGUCUCGUUGAUUGCGCGGAUCCGGAAUGUUGCUCAAAUCACAUAUGCCGUAGCAGCCAGCUGUGCGUCGCGGCGCCUAAGCCAAUCGAUAUAUUGCUACGGAAACAGCCUCCCGCCAUCACUGCUUCCUUCUUCGAGAGAAUGAAGUUCCUAAUCGACGAGGGCAGUCUGCAGAACUACGCUCGUCAGGAGACCUUCAACGAGAGCCGAUCGGCCGUUAUACGCGGUCGCGUCGUCACGCAUCUUGGAACGGGAUUGAUGGGAGUGCGGGUCAGCACGAGCACACCGUUGGAAGGCUUCACUCUCACGAGAGACGACGGCUGGUUCGAUCUCCUGGUGAACGGCGGCGGCGCCGUAACUCUGCAAUUCGGCAGGUCGCCUUUCAAGCCGCAGAGCCAUAUCGUCUUCGUGCCUUGGAACGAGGUUAUCAUAAUCAACAAGAUCGUCAUGAGCACUGCCGAGGAGAAGCCACCGGUGCACAUUUCACACGCGUGCGCGGCUCACGACUACGAUCUCAUGAAGCCGGUUGUCCUGGCGACUUGGAAGCACGGAUUCCAAGGAUCCUGCCCGGAUAAGAGCACAAUUCUGGCGGAGUCGCAGGUGAUACAGGAGAGCUUGCAGAUACCCGGAACGGGUCUGAAUCUGGUGUAUCACAGUUCUCGCGCGGCCGGUUACCUCUCUACGAUACAGCUGCAGCUGACUCCGGAAGUCAUACCGGCGACUUUGAAUCUGAUACACCUGAGAAUCACAAUCGAGGGUAUCCUGUUCGAGAAGACCUUCGAGGCCGAUCCCGUGAUCAAGUUCACCUACGCGUGGAACCGGCUGAACGUUUAUCGUCAGCGCGUUUAUGGAGUCACAACCGCCAUGGUGAAGGUCGGUUACGAGUACAGCGACUGCAAGGACAUCAUCUGGGACGUGCAAACGACGAAGCUGAGCGGCCACGACAUGUCCAUCUCGGAGGUCGGCGGCUGGAAUUUGGACAUUCAUCACAGAUACAACUUCCACGAGGGUAUCCUGCAGAAGGGAGACGGUUCGAAUAUUUAUCUGAAGCACAAGCCGAGAGUUAUUCUCACCACAAUGGGAGACGGUCAUCAGAGGCCGAUGGAGUGUUAUGACUGUGAUGGGCAAGCUUCCAAACAACGUCUUUUGGCGCCUGUUGCACUCGCAACUGCCGCAGACGGCUCCAUCUUCGUCGGUGAUUUCAAUCUGGUCAGAAAGAUCCUCGUCGACGGAACAGUUCGAACUGUGGUCCGACUAAACGCAACCAGAGUGUCAUAUCGUUAUCACAUCGCUCUGAGCCCACUGGACGGCGUUCUCUACAUAUCGGAUCCGGAAUCCCACCAGAUCAUCCGCGUUCGCGACACCAGCGACUACACGGAUCCCGAUCACAACUGGGAGACGGUGGUCGGCUCCGGGGAACGUUGCCUUCCAGGCGACGAGGCUCACUGCGGCGACGGUGCGCUCGCACGAGACGCUAAACUCGCUUAUCCCAAGGGCGUCGCCGUUUCCGUCGACAACGUUCUGUACUUCGCCGACGGCACGAACAUCCGAAUGGUCGACAGAGACGGCAUUAUUACCACCGUCAUCGGUAAUCACAUGCACAAGUCGCACUGGAAGCCUAUACCCUGCGAGGGAACGCUGAACGUCGAGGAAGUUCAUCUGCGCUGGCCGACUGAAUUGGCUAUCAACCCUCUGGACAACUCGCUGCACAUGAUCGACGAUCACAUGGUCCUGCAGCUGGCGCCGGACGGUCGCGUGAAAGUCGUCGCUGGGCGUCCGCUUCACUGCGCCUCGCCGUCGGCCUCGUUCGACACGGAACUCGCCACGCACGCCACCCUCGUGAUGCCGCAGAGUAUCGCGUUCGGACCGUCGGGCGAUCUCUACAUCGCCGAGAGCGACUCGCAGAGGAUCAAUCGUGUACGCGUAAUCGGCACCGACGGCAAGAUAUCACCGUACGCCGGCGCCGAGUCCAAAUGCAACUGCUUGGAACGCGGUUGCGACUGCUUCGAGGCCGAUCACUACUUGGCGUCGACCUCGAAAUUCAACACCAUAUCCGCCGUGGCGGUUUCGCCCGACGGUGUCGUGCACAUCGGCGAUCAGGCUAAUUAUCGCAUCCGCUCGGUGACGGCGAGUAUUCCUGACGCGAGCGGCGCGAGGGAGUACGAGAUCUUCUCGCCGGACACGCAAGAGAUUUACGUGUUCAACAGAUUCGGCCAGCACAUUGCCACGAAGAACAUCCUCACCGACGAAACCGUAUAUCUCUUCAGCUACAACGUUAACACCAGCAACGGCAAGCUCAGCACGGUGACAGACGCAGCCGGCAACAAGGUCUUCCUCCUCAGAGACUACAGCAGUCAAGUGAAUUCGAUCGAGAACACAAAGGGCCAGAAGUGCAGACUGAGAAUGUCCAGGAUGAAAAUGCUGCACGAGCUGAGCACGCCGGACAAUUACAACGUCACUUUCGAUUAUCACGGGCCUACGGGCUUGCUGAAGACGAAGCUCGACAGUACCGGCCGCAGCUACGUCUACAAUUACGAUGAAUUCGGCAGACUGACCAGCGCGGUGACUCCCACGGGCAAAGUAAUCAGCCUGACAUUCGAUCUUAGUCUGAAGGGCGCGGUGGUGAAGGUCGGACAGAACAACAGGAAGCCGAUUUCGAUGCUGAUCAAGGGAUCGUCCGUCGUGACGAAGGUGGGCGAGGCCGAGCAGAGAACGAUGGUCCUCGCCGACGGUUCGGUCGGCAAGGUAACACCGUGGGCUCAUACCGUCAGCACCGAUACCAUGCCAUACUCGAUCCUAGCGGAAGUCGAACCUCUGCUCGGCGAGAGCUAUCCCGUGCCGGCGAAACAGAGGACGGAGGUCGCCGGAGACUUAGCUAAUCGUUUCGAAUGGCGGUACUUCCUGCGAAAAAUACAGGGAAAUAAGAAUCGCGGCAACUCGAAGGCGAUCGCUCAAGUCGGCAGGAAGCUCCGAGUCAACGGCGAGAUUCUACUGUCUCUCGAAUACGAUAGAGAAACAAACACCGUGGCUGUGUUCAUAGACGAUCGAGUGGAAUUGCUGAACGUCACAUACGAUCGAACAGCGAGACCUGUUAAAUGGGGUCCGAGGAACGGUAUUUUCGCCGGCGUCGAAUUGGAAUACGAUCGAUUCAGCAGAUUGACGAGCUGGACGUGGGGCGACAUCAGCGAAACGUACGGCUUCGAUAGGGCAGGUCGAUUGUACGAGAUUAAAUAUAGUGAUGGUACAUCAAUGGUGUACGCCUUUAAGGAUAUGUUUAGCAGUUUGCCACUGAAGGUCACUACGCCGCGGGGAAGCGAUUAUCUUCUUCAGUAUGACGAGGCGGGGGCAUUACAGUCGUUGACAACACCGAGAGGUCACAUUCAUACUUUCUCUCUUCAAACGUCCCUCGGAUUCUAUAAGUACCAGUACUAUUCACCAAUGAAUAGGCAUCCGUACGAGAUUCUUUAUAACGACGAUGGUCAGAUCCUUGGUAAAGUGUACCCUCAUCAAAGCGGAAAGGUCGCUUAUGUUUAUGAUCAUGCUGGAAAACUUGAAACUACACUUGCUGGACUAUCCUCGAUACAUUACACCUAUCAAGAGACGACCAGUCUGGUGCGUAGCAUCGACAUCAAUGAACCCAACUUUGAGAUGCGUAUUGAGUACAAGUAUCACGCCGGUAUUGUGAAGGACGAGAAGAUCAAGUUCGGCAGCAAGAGCGGCAUGGACAACGCUCAUUAUCGUUAUCAGUACGAUGGUAACGCGCGCAUAUCCGGUAUCGAGGUCGACAUCAAUGGCAAACAAUUGCCGCAGCUUCGUCUCAAGUACAGCCAGAAUCUCGGCGUGUUGGAGGGCGCCGGCGAUCUUAGAAUAUACAGGAAUCUCUUCAAUAGAUCGGUCAUGCAGGAUAACAGCAAACAGUUCUUCACGGUCACGGAUUACGACGAGCACGGUCGCGUCAAGACGGUGCUGAUGAAUAUCAGAUCGUUCGACGUGUUCCGCAUGGAGCUCGAGUACGAUAGUCGCAAUCGCAUCAACAUGAGAAAGCUCACGAUCGGAAAGGAAUCGAUGGAGAAGAAGGAAUGGUCCAGAAUGGAGAAGAUCACUUAUAAUGCGGACAGUCAUGUAUUGGAGGUCGCGGAUACUGAAAACAACUGGCAGUACGCGUACGACGAGAACGGCAAUGUGAUCGGUGUGACCGAGCAUAAUGAGAAGAUCGUUUUGGGCUACGACAGCGGCGACCGAGUGGUUCAAUACGGUGACGUUGAGUUCAAUUCGUACGACGGACGUGGCUUCGUCGUGAUUCGCGGAGAACACAAAUAUAGGUACAAUUCGCGCGGUCAGCUGAUUCACGCCUCGGAGCACAAGAAGUUCCAGAUCUGGUACUUCUACGACGAUCGUGGCCGACUGGUGUCGAUGAACGACGACCGCGAGAACAUCACUCAAUUCUUCUACGCGAAUCCGAAGACUCCUGAUCUGAUAACGCACGUACAUUUCCCGAAAUUGUCCAAGACAUUCCGGUUCCUAUACGAUUCGCGCGACUUUUUGAUGACCGUGGAGACAUCCGAGCAACGAUUCUACGUCGCGACAGAUCAAAACGGCUCGCCGCUCGCUCUCUUCGACACCAACGGCAAUCUCAUCAAGGAGAUGCGCCGCACGCCGUUCGGCAAAAUCAUCAAGGAUACCAAUCCGGACUUCUAUCUGCCGAUCGAUUUCCACGGUGGUCUUCUAGAUCCCAACACCAAGUUGAUCUACUUGAACAAGAGACUGUACGAUCCGACCGUCGGUCAGUGGAUGACGCCGGCCUGGGAGCAAAUGGCCAAUAAGCUCACCACACCGACCGACAUCUUCAUCUAUCGCUUCCGUAACAACGAUCCGAUCAAUUUCAAACAGAACGUUGAGUAUAUGACGGAUCUGACGAGCUGGCUGAAGCUUUACGGCUACGACAUCUCGACGAUGCUCGGCUCCGAAUACACGAAGGAGAUGGUAUAUCAGCCGAACGCCGUGGUCACAUCGCCGCAACUCACUCCGGACUUCGGCGUGAUGUCCGGAUUGCAGUGCAUCGUGGAUCACGUGCAGGAGAAGUUCUCCGACUUGGACUUCGUACCGAAACCGUUGCUGAAGCUGGAACCGAAGACGAGAAACUUGCUCCCGCGAGUGGCUCAUCGCCGGGCGGUCUUCGGCGAGGGUAUCCUGGUGUCGCGCGUCGGCAGCCGCGCUCUGGUGAGCGUGGUGGACGGCGUGAACAGCGUGGUGCAGGACGUGGUGACAUCCGUGUUCAACAACUCGUAUUUCCUGCCGCUGCACUUCAGCGUGCACGAUCAGGACGUCUUCUACUUCGUAAAGGACAACGCGCUGAAGAUCCGCGACGACAUGGAGGAGCUCCAUCGGCUCGGCGGUAUGUUUAACGUGUCCACGCACGAGACGACGGAGCAUGGCGCCGGUACGUGGAAGGAGCUGAGGCUUCACAAUCCGGAUGCGGCGGUGGUGAUCAAGUACGGAGCCGAUCCUGAGCAGGAACGGCAUCGAAUUCUAAAGCACGCGCACAAACGGGCCGUGGAGAGAGCGUGGGAAAUCGAGAAGCAGCUGGUGAUGGCCGGCUUCCAGGGCCGGGGUGAUUGGUCGAAGGAGGAGAAGGACGAGCUCAUCAGCCGCGGCACCGUCGACGGCUACGAGGGCGUCGAUAUUCACAGCGUGCACAGGUAUCCCCAGCUCGCCGACGAUCCCGGCAACGUCGCGUUCACCCGCGACACCAAGAGGAAGAGGCGGAAGAGCGGCAACAGGCGCAACAGGACUCACAGGCACGACUCGUGAUUUGAGGACGUCACGACGCGAGUUCGGAGUAUCGCUUGGGACUUGAUUCGCGCGUGAAUCCGUGAUGCGAGCACGAAGGAACGGGAGAGGAGGGGAGCGAGCAGUGUGUCGGUGGAAAAGUGGGCAACGGUCCUAACUGCCACCGCAAACCUUGCGUAAGCUGCAAUCCGCGCGCGCGGCCGACGUCGUCGCUCCCUUCUCUCCCCGAUUCUCCUUUCGACCUCUUCUCCCCGCGCUCGUCGUCGCGAAAAGACGCGUAGAUCUACCACGCGCGACCACGGACGCGCGAUGCGUCUUGUGUCCGGUACAACUUACCCUCGUCGAUGUGCCAUAGAAGCGCGCCCAUGCGAUCGCGAUCGAUCCCAGAUCCUAGAUCGAUGGCCGCGCAUGCCGGGACGACGGGUGUGAGCACGGAUCACGAAGUGUCAAAAUUAAGCUAGUCGCAUUAUUAACGAAAUGAAGAAUAUAAAGCUUGUUACAUGGUGAUUAGUUUAUAGGAAAGAGAGAAAAUGAGAGACACAGGGAGGGGAGAAAUUAGAAAGAGAGAUGGCGGAUCGACGCGUAGAGGUGCGACAGGACGAAAGUGCAUGCGUGAACUCUCAAAGUGCCGUCCGCGACGAAAUCCGAUAGUGUUUUUGCAAAAAAAAAAUAAAGAAAAGGGUGGGAGGAAAUACGUGUCUCGGACUUUCGUCAGAACGUCGGUCGAAUUCGAGUUGGCGUUAUUCACGCAACACAGGGUCUACAAGACACACGCGCGCGGAAGCGAGACGCGUCGAGAUCGGCGCGUCGAAGUUAGAAGAUGCGAGGCGAGAGGAUUAAUUUUCAAUACAAAGAUAAAUAAAUUUUCUGAGAUUCCAAACGUCAGUUUUUAAACAAAAAAACUCUGCUCGGAAUAUUCUCACCUCGCAUCUCUAGUCAAAACGCAUUCGUUUGAGGGUGGACACUCGGUUCGACAAAGCGUCCGUGGACGUCGCCGUAUAGGUCGCGUCGCGAGACGCCGUAGAGAAGCGAGGGAGAGAUUGAGAGGGAGAGAAAGAGACAAAAAAAAA